AUGAAAUCAUAUACAAUUUUGUGUUGUUUUUGCCGAAAGAAAAAGAAGAGCCACCCAGUGACUCGGAAUAUGACAGGUGGUUCUCCGGCUAUUCCUCCGCCGCCGAAGCCUUUACAGGCGAAUCGCGAUGUUGAAAAGGGCGAAAUUAAACCCAAGGAUAACUCAGCAAUGAGAGAUGGCGGAAUGGUUAUUCUAGGUGCUGCUGCUGCAACAGUUGUCACCGCGGCUGUUAUUGAUAGUGGUGGAUGUGGAGGUGGUGGUGGAGGCGGUGGAUGUGGAGGCGGAGGAUGUGGUGGCGGAGGAUGUGGUGGUGGUGGAUGUGGAGGUUAA